UACCGCGCAGCCUCUGGGAACGGUGUUCCGGGCGCUUUCAGCGCAGCGCAGUCAGCCUCGCCCCUUGUGACCAUCUUCUCUGGUCGAAAAGGACCGGACUUCGCCUUCUUUGGGUCUCUGCGGGAGCAGAGGCCUCCCACUGGGCUGAGAGCACUGGGGUCACGGCUCCGGGAGGCCCGGGGCCUUCCAGGUCGGCUGAACCUUUUAAUUUCUUUACAUUCUUUGAGGAGCAGCAGAAAAUGAACAUAGUGCAGAGAUCCAUGUCAUUUGAAGAUGUGAUUGUGGUAUUUACCCAGGAUGAAUGGCAGUAUGUGAGCCCUGCACAAAGGACUCUGUACAGAGAUGUGAUGCUAGAGAACUAUAGCCACCUCAUCUCAGUGGGAUAUUGCACUACCAAACCCAAGAUGAUCUUCAAGUUGGAGCAAGGAGAAGAGCCCUGGUCCUUAGGGGAAGAAUUCCUAAACCAGAGGUACCUAGGAUAUUUUAGUGUUGAUAUUCACAUUGAGGGGAACCAAAGAAAAGAAGAGAAACCUCUGUGGCAAGUAAUACUCACUGAUAACAAAACAUUGAAUAAAGGGCAGAAAGUUUUAGGAAAACCAUUUAAUCUGGACAUAACUCCAAAUUCUUCUGAAAAACUGCCCUGUAGAUCUGACUCAUGUAGAAUGAAUUUGCCAGUUGUUUCUGAAUUAAUUAUUUGUGAUCGAAACUCUUCGAGAAAGAAGGCUGAUUGCAUGAAUGUAUGCGCAAAGUUGCAGUUUGAUAUGAAGCAUGAGAAAACGCAUGUUGGAGAGAAGUCUUAUGGGUAUAAUAAAAACAUGAAAGCUUUCAGUUAUAGGAAAGAUCAUCAGAAACUUCAGUCCCUGGAGAAAUCUUUUGAAUAUGAUGAAUUUGGGUAAGUUUUAUAUGAUAAGACUGUUAUAGGAGGGGAAUCCUAUAAGGAUGAUGAAUUUAGGAAAAACUGUGAUAAAGCAACUUUAUUUAAGUAUGUGAGAACUGCCGUAAGAGAGUAAUGCUUUGAUCUGAAUAAAUGUGGGAAAUCCUGUGACAGAACCACCACUGUGAAAUACAGUAAGGUUCACAUGGCUGUGACACACUCAGAAUGUGAUGAAAAUGAGAAUAACUUCAGCAGGAUCUUAUCUCUUACUCAAUCUCAGAGAACUGUUAAAGAACAGGGUGCUUUUGCAAGCAAUAAAUGUGACGAAAGUUUGAGCCAGAGCUCAACCUGUGUAGUACGAAAAAAGACACAAACUAGAGAAGAAUUUUGUACAAAUAAUAGAUGUAUAAAUGCUUUCUACCAGAAAUUAGACCUUAUAGUAUGUUCGAGAACUCACACAGAAGCAGAACUCUACCAGUGUGGUAAAUAUGGGAGGUCCUUCCAUCAAAAUUCAGCCCUCAGUGUACAUGAGCAAAGUGAAACUGGAGAGAAGUCAUUUGAAUGUCAUGAAUGCAGGAAAUCCUUUUACCAGAAAGCAGAACUCAUUCAUUAUCAGAGGAACCAUUCGGGAGAGAAACCUGAGGAAUGUGGAGAAUCUUUUUGUUCAAAUUCACACCUUAUUCAUUAUCCAGGAACUGAUAUGACAGUUGGUCUCUAUAAAUGUAAUAAAUAUGGAAAAACUUUCUGUCAGAAGUCAAACCUCUGUGAAAAUCUAACAAUUCACACAAAGGAGAAAUCUUAUGAAAACAGUGGAUGUGGGAAAUCUUACAAGUCUGCUCUCAUAGUACACCAAAGAACACACACAGUAAUGAAACCCUGUCAAAGUAAUGUAUAUGGGAAAACAUUCUUCAAGAUGGUAAAUCUAAAAGAACAUCAGAGAAUUCACACAGGGGAGAAAUACUACAAAUGUAUUGAAUGUUGGAAAACUUUCUCUAAGAUAUCACAUUUCAGAACACAUCAGAGAAUUCAUACAGGUGAAAAACCCUACAAGUGUUUUAAAUGUGGGAAAACUUUCUCUCACAAGACACACCUUAGUGCACACCAGAGAAUUCAUAUGGGGGAGAAACCCUAUAAAUGUAAUGGAUGUGGGAAAACUUUUGCUGAUAAUUCAAACCUCAGAGCACAUCAAAUUCACACAGGGGAGAAACCCUAUGAGUGUAAUGAAUGUGGGAGGUCUUUUGCCCAUCUAUCUGUUCUCAAAGCACAUCAGAAAAUUCAUACAAAUGAGAAACCCUAUGAGUGUAAUGACUGUGGGAGAUCUUUUGUGCAUAAUUCAGCCCUUAGAGCACAUCAGAGAAUGCACACCAGAGAGAAACCCUAUGAAUGUAGUGACUGUAAAAAAGUGUUUGCCCAUAAUUCAGCUCUCAGAGUACAUCAGAGAAUUCAUACAGAGGAGAAACCAUAUGAGUGUAAUGAAUGUGCAAAAAUGUUUGCCCAUAAUUCAGCACUCAGAGCACAUCAAAAAAUUCACACAGGGGAGAAACUCUAUGAAUGUAAUGAAUGUGGAAAGACUUUUUCACAGAAUACACAUCUCAGAACACAUCAGAGAAUUCACACAGGUGAGAAACCUUAUAUUGGUGAGUGUGGGAAAACCUUCUCUCAGAAAUCAUACCUUAGUGGACAUGAAAGAAUUCACAAAGGGAAAAAACCUUAUAAAUGUAAUGAAUGUGGGAAAACUUUUGUCUGUAAGGCAGCCCUCAUAGUCCAUCAAAGAAUUCACACAGGAGAAAAACCCUAUGAAUGUAGUGAAUGUGGGAAAACUUUCUCCCAAAGGACACAUCUCUGUGCACAUCAGAGAAUUCACACAGGGGAGAAACCUUAUGAAUGCAAGGAAUGUGGGAAAGCAUUUGCUGAUAACUCAGCCCUCAGGGCACAUCAGAGAAUGCACACAGGAGAGAAACCCUAUGAGUGUAAUGAAUGUGGGAAAACUUUCUCCAAGGCAUCACACCUCCAGGAGCAUCUGAGGACUCAAACAGGGGAGAAACCCUAUGAAUGUAAUGAAUGUGGGAAAACUUUCUCCCAGAAAUCCUAUGUUACUGCACAUCAGAGAAUUCAUACAGAGAAACCUUUUGCCCAUAAUUCAACCCUCAGAGUACAUCAGAGAACUCACACAGGCAUAAAAUCCUAUGAAUGUAAUGAAUGUGGGAAGAGUUUCUCCCAGAAGUCACAUCUAAGUGCACACCAGAGAAUUCAUACAGGGGAGAAACCCUAUGAGUGUAAUGAAUGUGGGAAAGCUUUUGCACAAAAUUCAACUCUCAGAGUACACCAGAGAAUUCACACAGGAGAGAAACCCUAUGAAUGUAAUGAAUGCAGGAAAACUUUUGUUCGUAAGGCAGCUCUUAGAGUACAUCAUACCAGAAUCCACACCAGAGAGGAAAGCCUUGAUUGUGGUGAAUUUGGGAAGUCCUAAAGGGACUCCUACCUUAAUUGAUAGCACACAGUAAAAAAGCUCAUAUCACAUAGAUUGGCAGAUUUUUUCACUUAAAUAUUUCCUCUUCCAGUGAUUUCCUAGUCUGUUAUUCAUUUAAGUGAUACUGGUCAUGGAAUAUGCCGCUGUUACAUUUAAGCUAAGUUUAGCCUUUAAAAAUCACCUUACAUUCUUUCUGUCCUAUGUUAUGUUGGAAUAGAGGGAUUUCUAGCACCUAGACUUGGGUGCUCUGUAUUAAGCAUGUUAGAGCAUAAGCUGAAAUAUGAAUAACUGGGUGAAACAAUUCUCUAACAGAUCUUCAUGGGUUGGCUUUUAAAAAUGUACUGUUGAGCUCUUAAAGAUUUUGUUCUGUCGGUUAAAUGCACAUAGCUUAGUUAACUCUGUUGCAGUGGGACAAAACCCUAUGAAUAUAAUGUCAGAAGACCUAUAAAAUUCAGCCUGUCACUGUGCAUCAGAGACUUCACAUGAGGAAGAAAACAGUCAAUAUCCUCACUGAUCAGAAGUCUUCAUUAGAAACUAGAGUAAUCUCAGGGAAAAAAACACAAAAGCCUUUGCUACAUAUUAAUCAUCAAAUAAGGGCAGCCCUGGUGGCUUAGUGGUUUAGCGCCACCUUCAGCCCAGGGCGUGAUCCUGGAGACUCAGGAUCGAGUCCCAUGUCAGGCUCCCUGCAUGGAGCCUGCUUCUCCGUCUGCCUGUGUCUCUGCCUCUCUCUCUGUCUCUAAAAAAUAAAUUAAAAAAAAAACUUAAAAUCAUCAAAUAAGAUUUGACCAAAGUCUUAUAUUUUAAUAAAUCGUAUUUUUAAAUAUUGAAA